AUGGUUGAACAACUCACUCCUACCAAGUUCAUGAUGGCCACUUUAUUCACUUUUUUAAUUUGUUUUGGAACUGUUGCAAUUUUCUUUGAUUCUCCGUUGAUGGCUGCAGAGGAACCAAACAACAAACUCUAUAAAAUUGAAACCACCAAGUCCGAAACCGAGGGAGUCAUGCCAAUGGCUUUGAAUCAAGCAAAUAACAAUACGAACAGCACUCCGCCCUACAUUUGUGAUCGUUCACAAACACAAAGCAAGUUGGCCAUGUUUUUAAUUUCCUUCUUUGUAGGAACUCUUGCUGUGGAUCGAUUUAUUAUGGGAUACACUUGUAUUGGAGUGGCCAAAUUGCUUGUUCCAACAUGUGGAAUUUGGGCUUUGGUAGAUUGGAUUUUAAUCUUGACAGGAGGUUUAUAUAUGGCUAAUGGUUGUGCCUUAAUCAAUGACAUGUAA